GCCCGGGCUAAGAGCGGCCGGCUGGAGCCGCUGAGCCCCCGCUGCGGUCGGGAGCUGCAUGGGGGAGCGCCGGCAGCUCUCGGGAAGAUGCCCCGGCCGGAGCUGCCCCUGCCGGAGGGCUGGGAGGAGGCGCGCGACUUCGACGGCAAGGUCUACUACAUAGACCACACGAACCGCACCACCAGCUGGAUCGACCCGCGGGACAGGUACACCAAACCGCUCACCUUUGCUGACUGCAUUAGUGAUGAGUUGCCGCUAGGAUGGGAAGAGGCAUAUGACCCACAGGUUGGAGAUUACUUCAUAGACCACAACACCAAAACCACUCAGAUUGAGGAUCCUCGAGUACAAUGGCGGCGGGAACAGGAACAUAUGCUGAAGGAUUACCUGGUGGUGGCCCAGGAGGCUCUGAGUGCUCAAAAAGAGAUCUACCAGGUGAAGCAGCAGCGCCUGGAGCUUGCACAGCAGGAGUACCAGCAACUGCAUGCCGUCUGGGAGCACAAGCUGGGCUCCCAGGUCAGCUUGGUCUCUGGUUCAUCAUCCAGCUCUAAGUAUGACCCUGAGAUCCUGAAAGCUGAAAUUGCCACUGCAAAAUCCCGGGUCAACAAGCUGAAGAGAGAGAUGGUUCACCUCCAGCACGAGCUGCAGUUCAAAGAGCGUGGCUUUCAGACCCUGAAGAAAAUCGAUAAGAAAAUGUCUGAUGCUCAGGGCAGCUACAAACUGGAUGAAGCUCAGGCUGUCUUGAGAGAAACAAAAGCCAUCAAAAAGGCUAUUACCUGUGGGGAAAAGGAAAAGCAAGAUCUCAUUAAGAGCCUUGCCAUGUUGAAGGACGGCUUCCGCACCGACAGGGGGUCUCACUCAGACCUGUGGUCCAGCAGCAGCUCUCUGGAGAGUUCGAGUUUCCCGCUGCCGAAACAGUACCUGGACGUGAGCUCCCAGACAGACAUCUCGGGAAGUUUCAGCAUCAACAGCAACAAUCAGUUGGCAGAGAAGGUCAGAUUGCGCCUUCGAUAUGAAGAGGCCAAAAGAAGGAUCGCCAACCUGAAGAUCCAGCUGGCCAAGCUUGACAGUGAGGCCUGGCCUGGGGUGCUGGACUCAGAGAGGGACCGGCUGAUCCUCAUCAAUGAGAAAGAGGAGCUGCUGAAGGAGAUGCGCUUCAUCAGCCCCCGCAAGUGGACGCAGGGGGAGGUGGAGCAGCUGGAGAUGGCCCGGAAGCGGCUGGAAAAGGACCUGCAAGCAGCCCGGGACACCCAGAGCAAGGCGCUGACGGAGAGGUUAAAGUUAAACAGUAAGAGGAACCAGCUGGUGAGAGAACUGGAGGAAGCCACUCGGCAGGUGGCAACUCUGCACUCUCAGCUGAAAAGUCUCUCAAGCAGCAUGCAGUCGCUGUCCUCAGGCAGCAGCCCCGGAUCCCUCACGUCCAGCCGGGGCUCCCUGGUUGCAUCCAGCCUGGACUCCUCCACUUCAGCCAGCUUCACUGACCUCUACUAUGACCCCUUUGAGCAGCUGGACUCAGAGCUGCAGAGCAAGGUGGAGUUUCUGCUCCUGGAGGGGGCCACCGGCUUCCGGCCUUCGGGCUGCAUCACUACCAUCCAUGAGGACGAGGUGGCCAAGACCCAGAAGGCAGAGGGAGGUGGCCGCCUGCAGGCUCUGCGUUCCCUGUCUGGCACCCCAAAGUCCAUGACCUCCCUGUCCCCACGUUCCUCUCUCUCCUCCCCCUCCCCACCCUGUUCCCCUCUCAUGGCUGACCCCCUCCUGGCUGGUGAUGCUUUCCUCAACUCCCUGGAGUUUGAAGACCCAGAGCUGAGUGCCACUCUUUGUGAACUGAGCCUUGGUAACAGCACCCAGGAAAGAUACCGGCUGGAGGAACCAGGAACGGAGGGCAAGCAGCUGGGCCAAGCUGUGAAUACGGCCCAGGGGUGUGGCCUGAAAGUGGCCUGUGUCUCAGCCGCGGUAUCGGACGAGUCAGUGGCUGGGGACAGUGGUGUGUACGAGGCUUCCGUGCAGAGACUGGGUGCUUCAGAAGCUGCUGCGUUUGACAGUGACGAAUCGGAAGCAUUGGGUGCGGCCCGAGUUCAGAUUGCCCUGAAGUAUGAUGAGAAGAAUAAGCAAUUUGCAAUAUUAAUCAUCCAACUGAGUAACCUUUCUGCUCUGUUGCAGCAACAAGACCAGAAAGUGAAUAUCCGCGUGGCUGUCCUUCCUUGCUCUGAAAGCACCACCUGCCUGUUCCGGACCCGGCCUCUGGACGCCUCAGACACUCUAGUGUUCAAUGAGGUGUUCUGGGUAUCCAUGUCCUAUCCAGCCCUUCACCAGAAGACCUUAAGAGUCGAUGUCUGUACCACCGACAGGAGCCAUCUGGAAGAGUGCCUGGGAGGCGCCCAGAUCAGCCUGGCGGAGGUCUGCAGGUCUGGGGAGAGGUCGACUCGCUGGUACAACCUCCUCAGCUACAAAUACUUGAAGAAACAGAGCAGGGAGCUCAAGCCAGUAGGAGUCACAGCCCCUGCCCCAGGGCCUGCAAGCACGGACGCUGUGUCUGCUCUGUUGGAACAGACAGCGGUGGAGCUGGAGAAGAGGCAGGAGGGCAGGAGCAGCACACAGACACUGGAAGACAGCUGGAGGUACGAGGAGACCAGUGAGAAUGAGGCAGUAGCUGAGGAAGAGGAGGAGGAGGUGGAAGAGGAGGAGGAAGAAGAGGAUGUUUUCACUGAGAAAGCCUCACCUGAUAUGGAUGGGUACCCAGCAUUAAAGGUGGACAAAGAGACCAACACGGAGACCCCGGCCCCAUCCCCCACAGUGGUGCGACCCAAGGACCGGAGGGUGGGCGCUCCGUCCCCGGGGCCAUUUCUUCGAGGGAGCACCAUCAUCCGCUCUAAGACCUUCUCCCCGGGACCCCAGAGCCAGUACGUUUGCCGGCUGAAUCGGAGUGAUAGUGACAGCUCCACUCUGUCCAAAAAGCCACCUUUUGUUCGAAACUCCCUGGAGCGACGCAGCGUCCGGAUGAAGCGGCCAUCCCCACCCCUACAGCCUUCCUCGGUCAAGUCCCUGCGCUCUGAGCGUCUGAUCCGCACCUCGCUGGACCUGGAGUUAGACCUGCAGGCGACAAGAACCUGGCACAGCCAACUGACCCAGGAGAUCUCGGUGCUGAAGGAGCUCAAGGAGCAGCUGGAACAAGCUAAGAGCCACGGGGAGAAGGAGCUGCCGCAGUGGUUGCGUGAGGAUGAGCGUUUCCGCCUGCUGCUGAGGAUGCUGGAGAAGCGGCAGAUGGACCAAGCAGAGCACAAGGGUGAGCUUCAGACAGACAAGAUGAUGAGGGCAGCUGCCAAGGAUGUGCACAGGCUCCGAGGCCAGAGCUGUAAGGAGCCCCCAGAAGUGCAGUCUUUCAGGGAGAAGAUGGCAUUUUUCACCCGGCCUCGGAUGAAUAUCCCAGCUCUCUCUGCAGAUGACGUCUAAUCGCCAGAAAAGUAUUUCUUUUGUUCCACUGACCAGGCUGUGAACAUUGACUGUGGCUAAAGUUAUUUAUGUGGUGUUAUAUGAAGGUACUGAGUGACAAGUCCUCUAGUGCUCUUGUUGGUUUGAAGAUGAACUGAUUUUUUAGUUUGGGUCCUACUGUUGUUAUUAAAAACAGAACAAAAACAAAACACACACACACACACACAAAAACAGAAACAAAAAAAAAAAAACCAGCAUUAAAAUAAUAAGAUUGUAUAGUUUGUAUAUUUAGGAGUGUAUUUUUGGGAAAGAAAAUUUAAAUGAACUAAAGCAGUAUUGAGUUGCUGCUCUUCUUAAAAUCCUUUAGAUUUUUUUCAGUUUGUACAGCUCCACCUUUUAGAGGUCUUACUGCAAUAAGAAGUAAAGCCUGGGGGACGGUAAUCCUAAUAGGACGUCCCGCACUUGUCACAGUACAGCUAACUUUUCCUAGUUAACAUAUUUUGUACAAUAUUAAAAAAAUGCACAGAAUCCAUUGUUGGGGGGAGGGAUUCAGAGGUGCAUCCAUGGAUCUUCUUGAGCUGUGACGUGUUUUUAUGUGGCUGCCCAACGUGGAGCGGGCGGUGUGAUAGGCUGGGCGGGCUAAGCAGCCCAGUCUAUGUGGGUAACAGGCCACGCUGGUCUCAGAUGCCCAGUGAAGCCACUAACAUGAGUGAGGGGAGGGCUGUGGGGAGCUCCAUUAAGUUUUAUCUCCAUCAAUAAAGUGGCCUUUCAAAAAGAA